UCGGUGUGAACUCAGGGACGGCUGCUGGACCUGCAGGCUCCUCAGGAGUAACGGGAGGUGGGUCAGUGAAGAGAUUCAGACUGUACAGGUUUUAAUGCUUCUCCAUGGACGAUGGCGACACACCACAGAUGAACUUUCAGGGACUGUUGGGGUAAAAGUAAAAAUCAAUAAAACAGAGUAUGAUUCAGGAGAUGAGGGAUCAUCCGAUCCUCCUCUGACAGGAUUAAAAUGAGCCGCAAUCAGCCGGAAACCUCGUUCAGCUGAUGGACCGACCCGUUCCUGUUUCCAGGUUUAAAACGCUCUGAUCGACCUCUGGGUGAGGACUCACUUCCUGCACUCAAUCGAUCAAUCAGCUGUUCUCUAUCAGAGGUCAGACGGGGGCCUGACGACUUAUCAGAUCCGUAGAGUCAGAAAUCCCCUUCGCUCCUUCCAGACUUCCUUCACGUUGAAGUUUAUUUACCGUGCGAACGAGGGAGCGGUGACGUGAGCCUUUUGUUCCCAGCACCUCGUAUUUACAGAUUAAAGCCAGCAGUCGUUCAGAUUAACAGCUGAUGGGUCACUGAACAAUAGAAGAGGGUUUUGUUUUUCAGAGGUGACGGUCAGGACACUAAAUCCCUUCAUCGGAUGGACGUCAGCUGACCUGUUGUGUUUUAGUUGGAAGAAUGAUGGAUUAAAGUACUGACACGUUACAUUUGGGUCUGUUUGUGAGGAACAAAGUCCAACGAACGUCAUGUUGUUCAAACCGAAGCUUCAUUCUGACCAGAGUUCAUAAAGCUUUCACAACAUCCAGGAGACAACCCCCCCCCCAUAUUUGUUUGCCCCUUGAACUGAUAAAAGCUUUCAUAACUAGUGACGGAUCCGGGAGACCACAUCACUCUGCAGUGCUUGUCCUCGGGUUGAGAUGGUGUCCGGCUGGUUUCUGAUGGUGUUGGUGGUCUGUGGUCUGGUCGGGCUUCAGUCCGCAGCAGAAGGAGAUGAAGACCAGAGAGGUCUGCUGCAGCAGCUGAUGGCCAGAGUGGAGAAGCUGGAGGAGGACAGAGGUAAAUCUCAGGUGGCGUUCUCCGCCUCCCUCGUCAGCACCGUACAGUGGACCGAUCACGGGCCUUUUGACACCAACACCACGCUGGUGUUCCAGAGGGUGAAGACGAACAUCGGCAACGCAUACGACAAAGAGACAGGCAUCUUCACGGCACCCGUGAAGGGGCUCUACUACAUACGGUUCACCGGCUGUGUCGGAAAGUCGGGCAAACUGAACGCAGCAGUGAUGAAGAACGGGGUCAACGUGUUCGCCAUCUACAACGUGCCGGCGACCAGGGGCACCACCUCCAACGGCAUGACGCUGGCCCUGGAGGAGGGCGACCGGCUGUGGGUCGAGUUGUGGGCCAACACCAGCAUCUCAGACCAGAGUCGGCUCAGCACCUUCAGCGGCUUCCUCGUCUUCCCCUUGUAGGUGGAGACAGACACACCUGUGGCUGCUGCGGAGACGGGCAUCCAGAUCGUGGUCCUGAACCCAGAAACAGACCCAGAUCUUCUGCUGAAACACAUUAUACAGGUUCACAGGUAUAAACCAGAAGGAUAUCAGUUAGCGAGCAAGACGCAGUUUGACUGGAAUCAAAAAGCAAGAAACUUAAAACAAACUUUGGGGCAUUUAUUGAUAAAUAUUUUGUGUCUCAAACCAAAAAUGUGAAACGUAAUUUUUCAGUUUGUUGUGACUUUAAGGUCUUUCAAUACAAAAUAUUAAAUAACCAGUUUUGUUUAGAAAAGUUGAGCAGGAAACGUCAGGUUUGUGGACUGUUGGUCUGAGUGUGUUAACGUCUGUCUGUUGGUGUUGAAGUGGCUGAGGUGGAAGUUCAAAGUUCUUCCAAUAAAGUGGUUCUGUGACCUAAA